UUCCGAUGGAACUCUGUUGCCUGUUUGGGCAUCGCGCGCGAGUACGAGAUUCGCCACUCGCAGAUGAUGUCGUUAAACUCAGUCAAAGGAUAUGAACAACAGAGUUUCCGGAUGCCUUUUGGACGUGGAUUGACCAUCUCCCUUUCAUCCUUUGGAAUUUGGAUGAAGAUCGACCUUGAGCCUCACAAACAUGGGAAAGUCACCAUCCCCUGGAUCUGAACCAGGGGCCUCCCAAAGCCCCCCACCUUAUGCCCCAUACCUCGACCCCCAACUGACUGCUGAAUCCGGCGAUGCACACACCGAUGGCCGUAUUGAUGUGCGUCUUGAUUCCAAGCUCGCAAAAUCCCUGGCUCAAAUCGCCAACCAACAACAAGAGGAUCUGUUUCGUCCACCACCCAAGGCUCAACCAGAAGGGCCAACCGGAUGCGAUGUAAGGUUGAACAUCGUCAUUCAGAUUGUGGGCAGUCGUGGAGAUGUCCAGCCCUUUAUCGCACUGGGCAACGCCUUGCAGAGCCAUGGUCAUCGGGUUCGCAUUGCCACUCACAAUGUGUUCCAAGACUUCGUGAAGGAGUCGUUCCUGGAAUUCUUCCCUAUUGGCGGAGAUCCAGCGCAACUCAUGGCCUACAUGGUCAAGAAUCCCGGUCUGAUCCCGCAAAUCAAAACACUGCGCGAUGGAGAAAUCAAAAAGAAGCAGGUCAUGGUCGCUGAAAUGCUGGCCGGCUGUUGGAGAUCUUGUAUCGAAGAUGACCCGGUGACACAAGAGCCGUUCGUUGCGGACGCGAUUAUCGCAAACCCACCUAGCUUUGCACAUAUCCAUUGUGCGCAAGCCCUAGGGAUCCCCGUCCAUCUAAUGUUUACCAUGCCUUGGAGCAGCACCAAGGCAUUUCCUCAUCCAUUGGCCAAUCUCCAAAAUGGAUCCAUGGAAACCCCAGGGACAGCAAACUGGGUUUCGUAUGGAGUGGUGGAAUGGCUGACCUGGCAAGGACUCGGCGACGUAAUCAAUCGAUUUCGGUCUUCGAUAGACUUGGCGCCCGUACCAAGGACAGAAGGACCUUGUCUGGCCGAAGCUCUGGAGAUUCCCAUGACCUACUGUUGGUCUCCUGCCUUAGUUCCAAAGCCGAGCGACUGGCCAGCUCAUAUCGACGUUUGUGGGUUCUUCUUUUCAGAUCCCCCUGAAUACACACCACCUCCACAGUUGGCCGAUUUUCUACAGGCCGGUCCUGCUCCUGUGUACAUAGGCUUCGGUAGUAUUGUCGUCGAGGAUCCACAGAAGCUUAUCGACACGGUCCUUGCGGCAGUCUCGAGAGCUGGUGUACGUGCGAUCGUUUCAAAGGGCUGGAGCGAGCUGGCCGGACCAGCUGAUACCAACGUUCAUUACAUCGGUGAUUGUCCACAUGGGUGGCUCUUCCAGCAUGUUUCCGCUGUGAUCCAUCAUGGAGGCGCCGGCACGACUGCGUGUGGGCUGCUGAAUGGACGACCAACCACCAUUGUACCCUUUUUCGGCGAUCAACCAUUCUGGGGCGACAUGGUCGCAAAAGCCGGUGCUGGGCCUGAACCAAUCCCACAUGCCAUGCUAGAUCCUGAAAACCUAGCAGAGGCCAUACAAUUUUGCCUCACGCCUGAAGCGGAAGUCGCUGCAAAGGAGAUCGCUCUCAAAAUGAAAACAGAGACUGGGGUAGAGACAGCUGUCAAUUCCUUCCAUCGCAACUUGCCCUUACAAAGGAUGCGAUGCAGUGUUAUUCCGGGCCAACCUGCAGCAUGGUCUUAUACUCAGAAGAAACAGUCUUUGACUCUUUCCAAGGCGGCGAUGAACAUUUUGGUUGAAUACAAAAGGAUAGACACGAAGAAUAUCAAAUGCUACGCUAUCAAUCCGAUCAUCAUUGAAAAUCGCCGGUGGGACCCUUUGACUGGAGUGCUAUCCGCCGCCACAUCGACCGGCUCCAACAUGCUACAAUCGACCGGCGAGAUGUUCUACAAUCCGUACAAAGAAUACAAGAAAAGUCAGACGGCGAAAUUAUCCGAGGCCGAGGACGGUUCGUCAGGCUCGACAGCUUCAGUAAACCGAUCCAACAGUGAUCCCUUCCAGACAGCCGCAAAUAUGGCGGGAGCCACAUUACAAGGAUUCGGCAAAUUCUCAGCCACUUACUUCCGUGGUGUGAUAGUCGACAUUCCACAUGCAGCAGCUGAGGGCUUCCGACGAGCGCCUCAGCUGUAUGGUGAGAAGCCCAAAGAAUACGGGACCGUGCAUGACUGGAAAUCAGGAGCGAUAGUUGGCGGCAAGAAUUUUGUGGGCGGUAUGACGACUGGUGUCACGGGGAUGAUCAAGCAUCCUUUGAAGGGAUUGAUUGAGGAAGGAUCAGAGGGUGCAAAGAAGGGACUCAUCAAGGGUGCCUUGGGAAUGGCCACCAAUAUGCCUUCAGCUGGUAUCGGACUCGUGGCCUAUCCGUUCCAUGGUAUCUCAAAAAGCAUCGAAUCAGCCUUUAGGACGAAGACACCCAAAGCUAUCGUUGCUGCACGGCUUCGAGAGGGAUAUGCUCUCACUGAACGAAUGCAACUAUCAAAGGAGGAAAGAGAAGAGGUCGUCCAAGUAUUCGAUGUACUUUUAUCAUCGAUGAGCACAUAGGCCUCGAUAAUACUGGAGUGAGGCCGUUUCUAUCAUAAGGGCUGGACUAACCGCCUCCAAUCGCAUCUGAGAGGGGACUUAUUUCAUUUGGUUUAAUAUCAGCCUAAACUACCAAAGACGCAGCAAGCAUAAUAAUCCCACCAAGGCCAUCCAUGCCAGAGCACCAUUCCUCCCAAUUCUCAGCGCUCUCCGAUUGAGAGACAUUUAAACUAAAAGACCCCGGUAAAGUAUGCAUACGGUUUGGCUCCAGCCCGCCCAGCUUAACUACCUGACCAUUUUUGGUCAAGCCAAAGGCAGGCUUGAUUCUGUCAGCAUUUUUGCUUUCCACAUGCCAUGACAGCCCAUCGUUUGCCUCCCAUAGUCCUUUCGGGGCUGGCAAUGGGGCUACCACAAAUACCGAGGACAUAUCGCACAUGGACGCUGGUUCGAAAUAAACGAGUAAAUUCACG